UGCGCGUCGUAUGUCUUCUGGCUGGCAGUCUUUUAAUUUUUCUGUUUGUCUAUGAUCUAACCGUGAUCUAACCUAACCAAAGUAAAUUUUUAGGUUUGGAUUUUGGUUUUAUUAUUUUUUUUCUACAUGUACAAGAGGUUUCUAUUUUAAAACAUAGACUAUAGACCUGUGACAUAGACAAGAGAUUGAACAAGAGAUAUACUUAUUUUAAAAUGAGUUCUAACAAAAUUUUAAAUUUAUGUAAACUUUUAAAUAAUGUUAGUCUUCGAAAAAAUGAACCAAUUGUUUCGUGUAUAUUCAGCAGGAAUAUCUCAACUACAACACGAAAAUUUGAUUUGAUGGAAUUUUUUGACGAUCAAAAAAACUGGGGUGCAAACGACGUAAAAGUUGGUAGGGCAUGGAAAAAAGAUGAAAUGAGAUUAAAAUCAAAUGUAGAUUUACAUAAACUAUGGUACGUUUUACUUAAAGAAAGAAAUAUGCUAUUAACAAUGGAACAAGAGGCUAACGAACAAGUCCAACUAUUUCCAAGCCCGGAACGACUAGAUAAAGUUGAAGAAUCUAUGGAAAAUUUAGAAGCUGUAAUUAGAGAAAGAAAUAAAGCCUAUCAUGAACUUGAAACGGGAGAAACUGGUGAGAGGCCAGGAAAACAUGUAACAUCUCGCCUCGGUCUGAGAUAUUAUUAUAAAAUGUCUGAACACGUAGUACCAAAGCAUAUGAAUACAAAGUGGCAACAGAAAUACCAGUUUUAUAAAUAUGAUAGAGAUGUAGAAGCAUUUUUGUUAAAAUAUAAUGAGAAAUUAUAUUUAACGAAAAAAAGGAAGCAAAGGAGAGAUUUCAAUCAUGUUAUUGGCUUACUAAAACGUUUCCCUGGCAUGGAUAUGGAGGCAUUAAAACAGCAAUAUCCAGAUGUUGAUAUAGAAAAAGCAAAACAUAGUCGUAAAUGUCGAGGACAUUUUGAACCUUAAUAAUGUAUAAUUAAUAAUUAACGUUAAGUAAAUGUUUGUUAAUAUUU